AUGGGCUCAGCACAAAGGGGCUUGGCGAUGGUCUCGUUUCAUGACGCGUUGUGUAGUUCCAAGAUGUUUGUGCUCCAGCAGAUGUCUUUCGAGUGCAGUGCACAGAUAAACGGCAUAGAAAGGGGCGUUCGGACAUUCAUGAGAUCUCAUGAGGUAUCCAGAUUCUAUGUACUUGUGACUUCAUCUAGCACCACUAGCUCUGAGCCUGCCAUGGAGAGCGACAAGAAGUCUGAGAUCUCCGACAGGCUACAUCCAACUCCUCCAGCGCAGCAACAGCCAAAUGUGAGGCGGCCUGCGCCUCAUGUUAGACCACAUGAUCAGGACCAAAAAAGUGGGUCCGCGCAAGAUGAAAGGAGGUGCCGAGUGGAGGCGAUGUUCAAUGCCAAGCUGAGAGGUUCAGAGGUUUUAGAUCGACAGAGCUACAUCGAAUUGAUGAAGUUCCUUGGGUUCCCAUUGAAUGAGGCCCAUGUCUUGCUGGAGGAGUACCCAGAAGGCUCGUGGAUACGUGUGAAAGACUUCUUGGACCUCGUCUUCGCCUCACCUAAGGUGAGUGGAGAGACGAUUGAGGCCGGUGGGAAAAUGCACACCGCCUUUGUCUUCGUGAAGCCCCAUGCGGUGCAUGAGAAGGUAAAGACCUUGGUGAAAGACAAGCUCAGAGCAGAGGGACUGACCAUCAAGUCGGAGGGCCAAAUCAAGUCCACCGUCAUUGAUGAGAAGAAGUUGAUCGACACCCACUACGGAGCUAUUGCGGCCAAGGCGGUGACGAUGAAGUGGCCAUACCGCUUUGAUCCACACUCCAUCCGUUUCAAGCAGUUGAGAUGGCCCAACUUCCGAACGAGCAUCCGGGCCAAGCCCAAGAUGUUCUCCGAGGCGCGGAGGAGCUUGCGAACAGCCGGUGCGGAGUGGGCAGCAAUGCUCCAGGGGCCAGACGUGCGCCUGGCACGUUCGUGGGGUGCAGCAGGCCACAUGACCGGCGUGCGGCAGCGAAUGUUGGGCGGAGUGCUCCAGCAUGCUCCAGCGGUGCAGCAGUACUCCCUUCCUGUAGCGAUGCUCCAGCGGCGGGACGUGCGGCUGCUGGCGCCGGCGCCACAACAGCCGGACAUGCAGCUGGCACCGUUGGGUUCGAUUCGAGAGCAGGUUUGUGAGGUGCUCGAGUCACAUCAGGAUCCAAUUGAUGCACAGGCAGGCCUUCAGCAUCUAGCGCAACAACACUCUUACGCACGCUUGGUGAUCAAAGCUUAUUUGAACAAAUUGGAGCGGCAAGUGGGCCCUGCAAACCUUGCAGGAGUCCUUUUUUCCUUGUAG